AUGCCUCCACCAUCCGCUGCCCAGCAGAAGGUUCUCAUCGCCCAGUUCGUAGCUCUGACUGGUCAAUCAGAGCGACAGGCUACCCGUUACCUCAAGAAUGCCGGGUUCAAGCUCAACGAAGCUGUCGAUACUCACUCAAGCACAGUCCGGCCAGCUAAGAAGAUGGGAUGGAAAAGUUUCAAGAAGCGCAUCAAGACCGGGGUUCCUAUCUUAUCCUCUACCAAGGAGGCCGGCAAAGAUACCCCUCGACCGUCUCAUCAGACGGAAUCUGAACAAACACGAACGGAUUCGAAAUCUCGGUUCUUUUCAUCCAAUGGAGACACUAAAGGCCCAUCGCCUCUGGAAGUAUCGCUAGACAAGCUAUUUACUCAACUGCAAGGUAUUUUGGUCCUCCAGUUCGUCAAGUUCACUAGCUUAUAUCUUCAACUAGACUCUAGCGAUGAAAAAGACAAACUGGAGCUCGACUCUACAAUGUCAUACCUCACUGAGAAGCUGCAAGUCAACAUCGAAAACGCUGAGCUACUUGUUGCGCUUGAACUUCUCCAGGCUCCAUCUGUGGGCGUCAUUACCAGAAAAGGUUACGUUGAUGGCUGGAAAGUGACUGGAGCUGGAACGACACAUCAAGAGCAUGCCGCCCAUCUCCGGAAACUGACCAAAUCCCUCUCUUCUGACCCGACGCUAUUCAAGAAGGUUUAUAGACAUACCUUUGUUGCUGGUCGAGAUGGCGACCAGAAAGCACUGAACGUUGAGACUGCGGUCGUUUACUGGGAUAUCCUAUUUGCCCCUCCGGGAAUGGAGUGGAAGACACCAAACCGCAACUGGCUGGAAUUGUGGAAGUCCUUCCUCAAUGCCAAAUGGACUCGUUCGGUCAACAAAGACAUGUGGAACAUGACACUCGAGUUUGCCCUCAAGUCUUUAUCUGACGAGUCACUAUCAUUUUGGAAUGAGGAUGGCGCCUGGCCAAGUGUGAUUGACGAUUUUGUGGAUUGGUGUCGUGAGCAAGGCAUUGGUAAGGCCGAUGGCAUGGACGUUGACAACUAG